ACACACACACACACACACACACACACACACACACACGCACACAUAUUUCUAACGCAUCAGUGUUAUCAUCGCGCAUACAACAUAGAUCAAUCGCAGAAUGCAGAUGAAUGCAGAACUUACAUUUACAACAUACACUCAAUAUGCACGGAAGACGACGAACAUAACAACAGCCCGAUGGAGGGGGCCCCAAGGCCAUUUGCUGAGAGCCCAUCACGGGUCAAACUCCAAGAACUCAGAGCAUCAAUCCACUACCUGCGGUCGGUGUCAGUGCUGCUUAUUAGACCUUCAUUUUUGACCAAAACGAGACGUGGAGGAGAUGAUGCAAGCCACUGAAGCAUCGACUGCUAGGCCUAAAGUUGAACCCAUGAUCCAACAUCCUGUUGCACGGCCUCGCCGGUCCGCUCAGCAGGGGAUACCGGGACGAUUUGAUUGGUCGGUAGCCCCUCUAAUUCCUCCAAUCAAGAGCGCCCCUGGAGGUCAGGUGGUCACGUAUGCUGCAGGACAAAAACAGAGCGAUUCCCUGACCUCUCCCCCGAAACCCGCGACCAGGAGUCGAUGGUUCCACUCCUGCACGCCGUGGCGGCGCACGCCAUCCCGCCGCAGGCGCUCACCCAGCUGGCGCGCGAUUGGCUGAGGGAGGACACGCCGAACUUCGACCCUGCCGGGGUGUGCGUGGGCUCCGGGAACGUGGAGGCUCGCCUGUUCUGUAAGAUGGCGGGCAGCAUCCUGGCCGGCGGGCCCUUCUUCACGGCCGUGUUCGCCGAGCUGGGCUGCACGGUGAACUGGCUCUUCCCAGAGGCAGCUGAGAUGGGUCCUGACGGUAUCACCCUGGUGGCUGAGGUGCGGGGCCCGGCCAGGUGUCUCCUCCUGGGGGAGAGGCCGGCCCUCAACUGCCUGGCCCGCGCCUCGGGCAUCGCCACCCGCUGCGUCCGGCUCCGGGCGAUGGCGGCGGCCGCGGGCUGGCACGGGGAGGUGGCCGGCACGCGCAAGACCACGCCGGGCUUCCGCCUGGUGGAGAAGUACGCCAUGUUGGUGGGCGGGGCCUCCAUGCACCGGCAGGACCUGAGUGGCAUGGCCAUGCUGAAGGACAACCACGUGUGGGCGUCGGGCGGCAUCACCAAGGCGGUGCAGGCCACGCGGACGGUGUGCGGCCUGACCAGUAAGAUCGAGGUGGAGUGCGGCUCCACGGAAGAGGCCUGCGAGGCAGCCGCCGCCGGCGCCGACAUCGUCAUGCUGGACAAUCUGCCGCCCAGGGAGCUCCACGCCGCGGCCCUGCUCCUGAAGCAGCAGUUCCCGGCGCUGCUGGUGGAGGCCAGCGGGGGGGUCUCCCCGGAGAACCUGCCGCAGUACUUCGGCCCCCACGUGGACAUCAUCUCCCUAGGCUGCAUCACCCAGGGGUGCCCCGUGGUGGACUUCUCCCUCAAGGUGCAGAAGCCCUCGUGUGACCCCAGAGGACCGGCCCGGGGUGCUGUAGCAGCAGCCGACCGGGGACUGCCCUAGGGAGGCCGAGUCAUGAGAGGGGGGGGCUGGGACGACGCUCCCCUCAGCUGGAGGCUUAACCCGCUCACAAGUGGGGCGUUGGGAAAGACGGUGACCAUUGUGGUUCAUAUGGGAGUGGAAUUAGUAAUCAGUCACUGUAUUUAAGAAGAACAGAUGAAAGUGGUCUUCUUUUAAAUGCAAUGGUCUUAAUUGAGACUAAUCUUUAUUAAAAAUGGGAUGAUUAUUGUUCCCUGUUGAUUUAAUUUAUAACUGUUCAUAUGUUAAAAAGGACUGUUUAGUUGCAGUGUUUCCCCUUCCCUUCGAUUUCUCCUUAUACCUCAUGCAUUUAUUCUGAAGCCAUUCAUGAGCAAAUGUCAGCUUAGGUCUGCAUUUGUUUAUUCUUCCAUAGCAAAACACUACUUUGUUGUCAGUAUUUUUUCCACAAUGUAACAAUUGAUGUUGGUCUAGUAGAGGGCACCUAUGAUAUGCUUUCAAGUAAAGCAAAUGGCCUUCAGGGUGCCAGAAACCCAGAUACGGUGCUGUCCUCGCGGCUGGAUGCGUGUAGGGUAAACACUGGGUGGCAUUGUUCAGAUUUACGCACAAAUAAAAUCAUGUUUAUCCAGA